AUGCGUGCUCUUGCCCGCGGCGCCCGGCUCCGCCCCGCCAGCACCGUCUUCCAGAGACCCUUCCACGGGUCCGGCCGCCUAAACGAGCCCAAGCUCAACACGGUGGCGGCCGACAAAACAAGGAACAUCGGCAUCAUCGCGCACAUCGAUGCCGGCAAGACCACCACCACCGAGCGCAUGCUCUUCUACAGUGGCAAGACGCUGCGCAUCGGCAACGUGGACCAGGGCGACACCGUCACCGACUACUUGCCCUCGGAGCGCGAGCGGGGCAUCACCAUCCAGCUGGCGGCCAUCUCCAUCCCCUGGAACAACCACAAAAUCAACAUCAUCGACACGCCCGGCCACGCGGACUUCACGUUCGAGGUCACGCGCGCGUUGCGCGUGCUCGACGGCGCAGUGACCAUCUUGGACGCCGUGGCCGGCGUGGAGGCGCAGACCGAGAAGGUGUGGCGCCAGGCGCACGCGUUGCGCAUCCCCCGCAUCGCCUACGUCAACAAGAUGGACCGCCCGGGCGCCGGCUUCAGCCGCACGGUCAAGGAGCUCGUGGCCAAGCUCCAGACGCGCGCCGUGUGCCUCAGCUUGCCGUACUUCCAGCGCGGCGACGAUGGCGACUUGGUGUUCCGCGGCACGCUUGACGUGCUCCACAAAAAGCUCUUGCUCUGGGACGCCGCGGACGCGUCGGGCAGAACCGUGCGGGCCGUGGACCUCGACGCGGCGGACGCGCAGCUCGCGCCGCUCCACGACAUGGUGCGGAGGAGCCGCGAGUGCAUGGUGGAGACCUUGGGCGACAUGGACGACGCCGUGAUCGAGGAGUUCCUCGAGUGCGGCGAGGACUACAUGGCCGUGUCUGCGGGCACGCUCGGGCGGGCCAUCCGGAGCGCCACGCUCGCCUGCCACGUGACGCCCGUGUUGUGCGGCUCCAGCUUCCGCAACGUCGGCGUGCAGCCGCUCAUGGACGCGGUGCUUGCGUACUUGGCGUCGCCGUUGCAGGCCGCGCUCCCGGAGGUCACGUCCACGACGGCCCGCCUGUUGGGCAAGCGCAGGCGGCAGGCCGAGCUCGUCACGCGCCACGUGCCGGUGCCCAUGGCCAUGGACGCGCGCCGCGGGCUCGUGCUCAACAACAGCCCCAACUUGACCGUGGCGCUUGCCUUCAAGGUCAUGACGCACCCGGGCCGCGGCGUCUUGACGUUCUUCCGCGUGUACAGCGGCAAGCUCGCGUCCAACUCCACCGUGGUCAACACGCGCACGGGGCACCGCGUGCACUUCAAGAAGUUGAUGUUGAUGCACGGCGACGUGCCCGAGGAGGUGCUGGCCAUUCUGGCGGGCAACAUCGGCGUGGUGGCGGGCACCCACGACGAGAUCGUCACGGGCGACACCUUGGUGUCGCACGGCGUGUCGGGCUCCAAGGGCUUCUCGGACUUGGAGGCCAACCUCAAGUUGCUCCCGAUCGACGUCCCGCCGCCGCUCUUCAACUCCAGCAUCGAGCCUGCCACGGCCGGCGACGCGCGCCACAUGAACGACUGCAUUGCCAUGCUCUUGCGCGAGGACCCGUCCUUGCUGGUGUACGUGGACGACGACUUGGGCCAGACCGUCUUGAGCGGCAUGGGCGAGCUCCACCUCGAGAUUGUGCGCGACCGCUUGGUCAACGACAUGAAGGCCAAGGUGCGCUUGGCCAAGGUCGCCGUCUCCUACAAGGAGAGCAUCGCCAAGCCCUCCGCCAAAACCGUGCACGUUGCGGCUGCAGACAACCCGGAGGUCUACGUGGAAAUCGCCUUGGACUCGUUCGAGGGCGACGCUGCGGAAUCGCCCUUUGCGGACGAGGACGGCGCCGUCUGCCUCGACCAGGACAACAACAUCAUCAUUCUCGAUGCGGCCGCGACCUCCGAGCCCAUGCUCCGGGCCUUGGACGAGCGCAGGUGGAAGUGCGAGCUCUCGUUGGAGGACCUCCAGGACAAACUCUUGACUGGCUGCGCCACGGGCCUCCAAAUAGGCGGGCCUCUUUUCGGCCUCCCGUUGCACUCGUGCGUGGUCCGCGUAGUCAAGUGGAACUUUCCCGUGGCCGAGAAUACGGACUCUGCCUCCGAGCUCCUCGAGGUCGGCAGGCGUGUCGUGUGCAAGGGCGUGGAGCAGCUUCACGAGAAGCACGACUCGUUGUGUUUGCUCGAGCCCAUCAUGAUGACCAAGAUAUCCGUGGGCUCGGACGUCUUGGGUGAUGUCGUGCAUGACUUGAACAGCAGGUGUCUGGCCACGAUUGUUUCGAUCGAGGAUGAGGGCAUGGACACUUUGGAGAAUCAGAGCUGGGCCAGCUCGGAAGCCGAGAAAAUCUAUCUUCCGCCGGACUACACCAUGAAAUCUGCAGACCGCCAGAUCAGCAACAGGAAGCUUAUUGUGGCAGAGACGCCUUUGCGUGAGAUGGUGGGCUACUUAUCGAGGUUGAGGUCCAUGACACAGGGCCGGGGCUCGUUUGACAUGUCGUACAAGGGCAUGAACCGGGUCACCAAAUCCCGCAUGGUAUCUUUGAAGAGCGAGUUUUCGUGA